AUGAGGGAAUUCUUUUGGUGGCCAGGUAUGGCAAAGGAAGUAGAGGAAUUCGUCAAGUCCUGUGAUACCUGUAUACUGCUGUCGAAAAAAGGCCCUCCUCAACCACUUUCGUCCAGAGAGAUGCCCGAAAAUCCCUGGGAAAUAAUUCAGAUCGACUUCCUUUCGAUUCCCGGAAGCGGCACUGGAGAAUUCCUGGUUGUCUUGGAUAUUUACUCCCGUUACUUGUCAGUAGUCGAGGUGAAACAAAUGGAUGCCGAUCAUAAAAAUGCGGCCUUAUGUGAUAUUUUCCAGCGAUGGGGACUACCGCGCGUGCUUCAAAGCGACAACGGACCGCCUUUCCAAAGUAACGCUUUUAUUUCGUUUUGGGAACAAAAAGGAGUAAAGGUUCGUAAGGCGAUUCCUUUGAGUCCACAAACUAAUGGGGCUGUCGAGCGACAGAACUCCGGCAUCACAUAG